AUGUUAAAAAAAUCUAAAACCUAAAACCAAAAGCAUCUCUUUCACAUGGGCACUCUUUCCAAACCUCCCAAUCCUCGAGAGUUAAGAGAAAAAUAAUAAGUUGUUGAAAAGUAAUUAGCAAGCGCAAAGUAGCUAGAGACCUCCGAUCACCACCACCUCCGGCGCAAGUUAGAUGCCACCACCGUUCAACUAUUUUCAAUGAUCCCUCUCGGCCUCACUUCUUCACCAUCAUCAUCUUCACUCUCACUAAAACCCUGUUUUUUGCCCUCCCUCAGACCUAUACGUACAAGAUAUAACCAACUCAAAAAACUCAAACAGAGGAAGUUGAGGGAUGGCAAGUGCAGGGCGGAAUUCUCGGCCGACGCGCCGGUGGCUGCGGCAAUCGGCGCGUGCAUACUCAACUCGCUGAUUUUUCCGAUGGCUCCUUCGCCGGAGGACAUGGAGGCUGAAUCCUUGAUUGAUUCCGCCGACGCGAGGUUUGCCGUUAUGGGAAUCAUCAGCUUCAUUCCUUAUUUCAAUUGGAUGAGUUGGGUGUUUGCUUGGAUGGAUACCGGAAGGCGGCGUUAUGCUGUUUAUGCUAUUGUCUACUUAGCUCCUUACUUGAGGACAAAUCUAUCAAUAUCUCCCGAGGAGAGUUGGCUGCCAGUUGCUAGCAUUCUCCUUUGCAUCGCUCACAUUCAGAUAGAAGCAAGUAUAAAAAACGGAGAUAUUCAGGGCUUCCAAGUGUUUAACAGUUUUGCAAAUCUUCUGUCGUUGAAGAAGAAUACUAGAGUUUCCAAAGAGAGUGAGGAAAGAAAAGAUUACGAGAAUUUGCCAUCUGGGCGCGGACAUUACAAAAAUGAGAUACAGGAUUGGGCUGCUCCUAAACAAGAUGGUGAAAUCUUGAAUGAAGAUGAAGAGAAAAACGGAGGUGCUAAGCGUUAACCGAGACUCUAAAAGUGAUAGAAAUGCAAAGGGUGUUGAUCAGAAAUAUGCGCAUUUGAUUGAAAAUCGUUCGUGUACUGGGCGAACAAGCACAGAGUGCACAAGUAAUGGUAUGUAGACAAAAAUAUUUUGCUCUGAUCCGUGAACAAUGAGUUAUGAGAUUGACUAUUCGCCUCCCAUUUGAAUGUCGAUUAUAGCGCAAGUUUUAGUUUCAGAUCUCUAAUGUGUUGUUGGUGAAGUGAUUUUUCAAAUUUUUGUGUUUACAAAAGAAAUAAACCCAACAGGAGAAGGGAAAAUGAAGUCCAUCUGAUCUCAUUUAGUUCGACCUUGCGAAAUCCGUUGCAAGUUAUGAUAUUUUUAUAC